AUUUGGUGCGUAGUCAUUGUAUCGCGAUAGAUAGCAAAAGGAGAACGAGUAGAAAUACACGACAGAGGAGAACACUUUCCCUCGGUCGAAAAGUCAUGGAUGGCGGUUCCCAUGAAAGAAGAAAAGAGAAAAGACCGAGAGAAUGGGUGAGAGUGAGGGAAUAAUUUCAUCGGGAACGAAGUAUGUCGAGGUCUUUUCACGGUCAGUCAUCGUGAACAAGGUUUAUCGCGUAUAAUCGUGAUUGUACGAUUCGAUGAUUUCCUUCCUCCGCUUGAAUUUUUUCAUUUGGCCCCUCCCCCCUCUUUUUCGAUCCUUCUCAACCCCCUCCAUCGCCAUGUCAUCCUUUCCCUCCUUGUUUUCGCUACCUUAUUUCCGCUCCCCUCUUUCACGUCCCCCUCCAACCCCUCGGUGGAGCUCGAUAGACGAUGAACAAUCCGCCGGUAGUCUCGCGAACGCGAUAACUUUGUUAAAAUAGUUAAACGUGCGUUUCCGAUCGCGGAUGUUGAGUGUGGUAACGAUAAAAAAGCGUGGAAUGUCUGUAAAAAGGAUCGGUUGAAUGUUUUCUCUGGAUCAGGAUGUCGUCGUCCACCGUUUUGAAAUUGUGCACAGUAUGGAGUUUGCUAACGAGUUCCUGGUCAUACACCGAACAAAUCGCCCACUAUCGUUAUCAUACCGCAUCGAAUAGAUACGGAUCAUCUGAAAAGUUUGUGAUACCAAUGCGAGGAUGGAGUGAAACGGAUGGAUGGGAUAGCAGUUAUUCGCAAAGGUCACCUCCUGCAAUUUUUCGGAGGAACACACACAUUAGACCUUAUGUAAGGUUAGCGAAAGUCGAACAGGAACGAGAACAACCGGAUCCAUUGGUUACGAUCACUGAAACUUUGGGUGCUUUAAACACUGUCGGCAGUUACAUCGUCAAUAUGACCAGAGGUAUGGAGAAUUCGAGUUACCCGCCAAAGGAAUUACCAUCGGCUAUAUACACUAUCUCGAAGAAUAUUUUAGGACGCAACGUAACAGAUAGCAUUGCACCGUUAGUUCGAGGAGUAGCUCUGCCUUUGCGACCUAUACCGACCGGCAGUUCCUCCUCCUCCUCCUCCUCCUCCUCUCCUUCCUCCUCCUUCUCUUCUUCUUCCGCGAUUGAGAUCAACCAGGAGAGUAAGGAAAAAGAAUCUGUGAUACCGUCGGUCGGCUGCACCACGGCGGACGGUUACCCCGGAAAGUGUCAAGAUUUGAGUAAUUGUCCUCAACUGUUGCUAGAUUUGACCAAACUCAGACAGUCAUUAUGCUUCAAAAGUUUAUUCGUUCCGGGAGUCUGUUGUCAAUCGACGGAUAAAAUUGACACCAAUGGGACGAGUCCGAUAGUCGGUACGAUCUCAACCUCGGGGAUCGAAUCAGCUGUACAUCCACCAUCGCGACCACCAAUCCGUCCGACGAAACCACAUCAAACUCCUCGACCAAUACCGCUGUUUCCCGUUGCCUCUGCUACCACGGUUACGACCGCGCCGACGAAUCUCCCCGGGCUGUUAACUACAGAAUUCGUCCCUGUAUCCUCCCCCGUUGUCGACUUAUCAGUGAACCAUUCAAACAAUUUCUUUGGUUCUUCUACCACCGGCGGCACUAUCGAUACUAAUUUCAUACAGGACGACGAAGAAUGUGGAGUAAGGAAUUCGGGUAAGUAUCGAGUAGUCGGAGGAGAGGAAGCUCUUCCUGGACGUUGGCCUUGGAUGGCGGCCAUAUUCUUGCAUGGCUCGAAACGCACGGAAUUUUGGUGUGGUGGAUCUCUUAUCGGACCGCGGUAUAUUCUUACCGCGGCCCAUUGUACGCGCGAUCACCGUCAACGGCCAUUUGCCGCGAGACAAUUCACUGUGCGUCUCGGGGAUAUUGACCUUGAAAGAAACGACGAACCAUCCGCCCCAGAAACCUACGCGGUCAAGCAAAUUCACGCACAUCCAAAAUUUUCUCGUGUUGGAUUUUACAAUGACAUUGCGGUUCUCGAACUGACUAGGAUCGUUCGAAAAUCUCCUUAUGUUAUACCGAUCUGUCUGCCGCCAGUACAUUAUCGAAAGGAGCGAUUUGCUGGCGCAAGGCCGACUGUAGUCGGAUGGGGUACAACUUACUACGGUGGGAAAGAAAGCACGGUACAAAGACAAGCGGUGCUGCCAGUAUGGAGGAACGAAGACUGCAACGCAGCUUACUUUCAACCAAUUACCAGUAAUUUUCUAUGCGCUGGUUACAGUCAAGGUGGCAAAGACGCUUGUCAAGGGGAUUCCGGUGGUCCGCUUAUGCUUAGAGCUGACGGCAGAUGGAUUCAAAUCGGUAUCGUUUCAUUCGGCAACAAAUGUGGAGAACCCGGAUAUCCGGGAGUAUAUACGCGUGUCACCGAAUAUAUAGACUGGAUUAAAAGUAAUUUAAGUUAAGAGCGAGAAACUUCCGAUCCUUGCUAAAAUGAAUUUGUACUUUCAAGUUCCAAAUGCUCGGUAUGAUAUUUUUUUAUGGUAAUACGAUAUUGUUUAUAUACCUCUGAUUGUGAGUGCCAAGAAUCCUUAUUUAUACAUACCCUGUCUAUAUUAUUAUAUAUGCACUAACGUGAACAGGUAUAGCAGAAAUAUGCAUAUACCCGUGCAUUUGUGUUAUAAUUCUCACUUAUAUUAUAAUUAUUGUAUAUACGUGCGCACACUUACGCAUAGUUUAAUAAAUUAUAUGUAUAAAUUAAA